GGUGGGCUGGCGGUGGAGGCAGAGUCCCACCUCCUGUCCCUUUAAGGAGGAGGGCCCAGCGUAACCCAGAGUGCCGGCGUGGCCCCCACCGGCUCGCGACCUCAGCCCAGAGCAGCUGCAGCCCCAUCCGCGGCCGCCCCUCGGUUAGCAGUGUCCGCGCCAGAGCCAGGCAGCGAGUCGCCACCAUGGUGAAAAUCGUAACUGUUAAGACCCAGGCGUACCCGGACCAAAAGCCGGGCACGAGCGGGCUGCGGAAGCGGGUGAAGGUGUUCCAGAGCAAUGCCAACUACGCCGAGAAUUUCAUCCAGAGUAUCAUCUCCACGGUGGAACCGGGGCAGAGGCAGGAGGCCACCCUGGUGGUGGGCGGGGACGGCAGGUUCUACAUGAAGGACGCCAUCCAGCUCAUCGUCCGCAUCGCCGCCGCCAACGGGAUUGGUCGAUUGGUUAUUGGACAGAAUGGAAUCCUCUCCACCCCUGCUGUAUCCUGCAUCAUUAGAAAAAUCAAAGCCAUUGGUGGGAUCAUUCUGACAGCUAGCCACAACCCAGGAGGACCCAAUGGAGAUUUUGGAAUCAAAUUUAAUAUUUCUAAUGGAGGUCCUGCUCCAGAAGCAAUAACUGAUAAAAUUUUCCAAAUCAGCAAGACGAUCGAAGAGUAUGCAAUUUGCCCUGAUCUGAAAGUAGACCUUGGUGUUCUGGGCAAGCAGCAGUUUGACCUGGAAAACAAGUUCAAGCCCUUCACAGUGGAAAUUGUAGAUUCAGUGGAAGCUUAUGCCACAAUGUUGAGAAACAUCUUUGAUUUCAACGCACUGAAAGAACUUCUUUCUGGUCCAAACCGACUAAAGAUCCGAAUAGAUGCCAUGCAUGGAGUUGUGGGGCCAUAUGUAAAGAAGAUCCUCUGUGAAGAACUUGGCGCCCCAGCAAACUCAGCAGUAAACUGUGUUCCCCUGGAGGAUUUUGGAGGCCACCACCCUGACCCCAACCUCACCUAUGCAGCUGACCUAGUGGAGACCAUGAAGUCUGGAGAGCAUGACUUUGGGGCUGCCUUUGAUGGAGAUGGGGAUCGAAACAUGAUUCUGGGCAAGCAUGGGUUUUUUGUGAACCCUUCAGACUCUGUGGCUGUCAUUGCUGCCAACAUCUUCAGCAUUCCGUAUUUCCAGCAGACUGGGGUCCGCGGCUUUGCACGCAGCAUGCCCACGAGUGGUGCCCUGGAUCGGGUGGCUAACGCCACAAAGAUUGCUUUGUACGAGACCCCAACUGGCUGGAAGUUUUUUGGGAAUUUGAUGGAUGCAAGCAAACUGUCCCUUUGUGGGGAGGAGAGCUUCGGCACUGGUUCUGACCAUAUCCGUGAGAAAGAUGGACUGUGGGCUGUCCUUGCCUGGCUGUCUAUCCUAGCCACCCGCAAACAGAGCGUAGAGGACAUUCUCAAAGACCAUUGGCAAAAGUAUGGCCGGAACUUCUUCACCAGGUAUGACUACGAGGAGGUAGAAGCGGAAGGCGCCAACAAGAUGAUGAAGGACCUGGAGACCCUGAUGUUUGACCGCUCCUUUGUGGGAAAACAGUUCUCUGCGAAUGACAAAGUCUACACUGUGGAGAAAGCUGAUAACUUCGAAUAUAGUGACCCGGUGGACGGAAGCAUUUCAAGAAAUCAGGGCUUGCGGCUCAUUUUUGCAGAUGGUUCUCGCAUCAUCUUCCGACUAAGUGGCACUGGGAGUGCAGGGGCCACCAUUCGACUGUACAUUGACAGCUAUGAGAAAGAUGUCGCCAAAAUCAAUCAGGACCCCCAGGUCAUGUUGGCCCCCCUUAUUUCUAUUGCUCUGAAAGUGUCCCAGCUCCAGGAGAGAACAGGACGCACUGCACCCACCGUCAUCACCUAAGAAGACCCACCAGAUGCGGUACGUCCCUCCAUCCCAGGACCUAUUCACGUCAUCUGAUUGAAGAGCAUGGACUGAAACAAAGUGUACCCACCCAGGCUUUUUAGGAUUUGAUUUCUCCACUUCAUGGUUGUUGAUAAACGGUGCUUUGCAAGGCACUGCCAAUUGAGAUGCCCCCGGGAGCCAUGUGGGAGAUGGAAGAGGACCCACAGGCAUUAUGUCAGUUCCUUUUCACGCCCCUCUGCAACUGCUGCUGUGUGGGUAUCUGUCUCCUUAGCAUCAGGCACUGUUCACAUGACAGUGCAAGGUGGAGGCUGAGUGUCAGUGAUCGAGGCCAGCUUUCAGCCUUAGGAUGUGCCCAUGAAAUGAUAGCAGAAGUUCCAUUCUCCUUGGUGAAUCCUUCCCCCAGUUUACUGUUUACAUGUAAUCUAACAAAACGCAAUUUCUGGUGCCUUCUCUCCAAUCAGUUUCCCUCUGAGUGAGACGUACUUGUCUAUAGAUUUCUGACUUGUUUUGCAGCAUAGUCCCAUUUGCACAGAUACUUUGGGAUAUUAAAGCAGAAUAAGCUACUA